AUGUACUCUUCUCACGGGGCUACCCGUGCGGCGACCACUGCUCUAAGAAAACAAUGCCGUCCUACCUUUCCAGGCCGAGUACUUGGCUCGAGGCGAGUUCAUGCACGAGCGUAUGAGUUCUUACAAUCAAAUCAUCCUGACUUCACCGAAUCACAAAGAACCGUCCGUGAAGCUAUCGCCAAAAUUGUGUCAAGAUUCCCCGACGAGUACUGGCUUGAAAAAGAUUCCAACCAUGAAUUUCCACAUGACUUUCAUCGGGAUUUCGCCCGAGACGGCUGGCUUGGGAUCUGCCUCCCUCAGAAGUACGGCGGCUCCGAGCUUGGAAUUUCAGAGGCCGCGGUGAUGAUGCAGACGAUCUCCGAAUCUGGUGCCGGGUUGGCCGGCGCCUCGUCGAUACACAUGAAUAUCUUCGGGCUUGAGCCGGUCGUCAAAUUUGGCACAGAAGAGCAGAAAGAACGAAUGCUCCCGCCUCUUAUUCAAGGGAAGGACCGCGCUUGUUUCGGCGUGACGGAGCCAAAUGCAGGGUUAGAUACUCUGAAGCUACAAUCUCAGGCUCGCCGCGACGGUGAUGACUAUAUCCUGAAUGGCUCCAAGAUCUGGACCUCGACCGCGCAAACCGCGAACAAAAUCUUGAUCCUCGUCCGAACCACACCGCUGGAAGAGAUACAGAAGCCGACUCAAGGACUGUCGCUCUUCUAUACCGAUCUCGACCGCACAAAGGUCCAGGUGACCGAAAUCCAAAAGCUCGGUCGUGCCGCCGUGGACUCGAAUCUCAUCUUCUUCGAAAACUGGAGGGUCCCUGCCGCGGACAGGAUCGGCAAAGAAGGCGACGGCUUCAAGCAAAUUAUGCACGGAAUGAACGCGGAACGUGUUCUUAUUGCCGCAGAAGCCCUCGGCUUAGGUUAUGCGGCGCUUCGCCGUGCCGCGAUCUAUGGUAAGGAGAGAGUCGUAUUUGGGCGUCCUAUCGGCAAGAAUCAGGGCAUUCAACACCCGUUGGCAGAGUCUUGGAUAAAAGUGGAGGGUGCACGCUUGAUGGUAUACCUAGCCGCCCGCCUCUAUGACCAAGGAUUUGAAUCUGGGGAAUACGCCAACGCAGCUAAAUACCUUGCCGCCGAAACCGCUUUUGAGGCUUGCGAGAGGGCCGUUCUGUCUCACGGAGGCAUGGGCUAUGCGAAGGAAUACCACGUGGAAAGAUAUCUGCGAGAAGCUAUGUUACCGCGAAUUGCUCCUAUCAGCAAAGAGCUCAUCUUAAACUACAUUGGUGAGCGGGUGUUGGGUUUGCCAAAGAGUUAUUGA